AACAUAUUCUUUAGCACCGCCCAUCCACUAGCUUUGUGAAAAAAGUGUCUCUCCCGCGCUUCAUUUCCGCCUAACCAUUGUUUGGCUUUGCUGUGCCGUCAAUGUAGGAAUAUAGAAGCGUACUUGACUCUGACGUUAGUCAACCUAUUUUGAAGCAUUGAGCAGAGAGUCCGAACUUUGUCGCCUGAAGUAGCACGUCGUUCCAAGUGACGACAACAUGUCGGUCGCGUUCGCGCAGCAACAGAAAGGUCGACAUAAUCCCAGCCCGGCUCAGAUACAAAAGAUGCUGGACGAAAACAGCCAGUUGAUUCAAGCCAUAGUUGACUACCAAAAUAAGGGCAAGGCCUCCGAAUGUCUCCAGUACCAACAAAUCCUGCACAGGAAUCUAGUCUACUUGGCGUCUGUGGCAGAUGCAGGUCCUGUGGUUCAAGCGUCCCUUAGUUCCCAGGAGGAAAGAUGGCCACCCGGAUACAAAAAAUCUGACACAAAACAUCCAGUACCACCUCCGCAACCGUGUGGUCCCGGGUCUGGAGGAGCACCGUCGGACGGGAGCCCGAACCCUGCCUCUGGGAUGAUGCCCGGCCAGCAGGGCUAUGGAGGAGGCAUGCCCCAGCCGGGUCAGCAGUCGGCCGCAGGUGGUCCAGUAUCCGGCCAGCAACAGCCAAUGGGAGGUCAUGGAAUGUCGGGGUACGCCUCUCCCCAAGGAAGAGGGGGCGGGCCCCCACCACCACCCUCUGCUAUGAUUGGUCAGCAGCAGCCAAUGGCAUCGCAGAUGCAGCAACAGCCUCAUCAUCAGGCAUCGAUGCAGCAUCCUCAAGCCAAUCAGCAGCAUUCAGCAAUGAGUCAGCAUGCUCAGCAGUCAGCAGCCCAGCAUAUCCAGCAGCAACAGCAGCAGCCACAUUCAGCACAGCAGAUGCAGGCUGGAAUGGCUCCCAGCCACCAGCAGGGGCAGGGCCAUCAGCUGUCUCAGCACUCCGCUGCUCAACAGGGUAGCACUCAGCAGAUGCAGACUGGCCAGCAGCACCCUGGUCAGCACCCGGGCCAGCACCCUGGUCAGCACUCGGGUCAGCAUUCGAGCUCGCACCCUGCUCAGCAUCCCGGUCAGCACCCAAACCAACAUCCCGGUCAGCAUCCCGGUCAACAUCCCGGUCAGCAUCCUGGGCCCCAUCCGGGACCCCAUGCGGGACCCCACGCAGGCCCUCAUCCAGGCCAACAUCCGGGGCAGCACCCUAGCCAACACCAAGGCCAGCACCUAAGUCAGCAUCCUGGCCAACAUCCCGGUCAACUUCCCAGCCAACAUCCUAGCCAGCAUCCUAGCCAACACCCUAACCAACACCCUGGCCAGCACCCGGUCCAACAUGCAAGCCAGCAUCCAAGUCAGCAUCCGAGUCAACACCCAGGUCCACAUCCAAGUCAACAUCCGGGGCAGCAUCCAGGCCAGCACUCAGGUCAACAUCAGAGUCAACAUCCGGCCCAGCAUCCGGGUCAGCAGCACUCGAGUCAGCAUGCAAACCAGCAUCCUGGUCAGCAUCCGGCUCAACAUCCGACCCCGCAUCCGACCCAGCACACGGCUCAGCACUCGUCCCAGCAUGUGGCUCAGCAUUCCGCUCAGCAGUCAGCCCAACACUCUGCUCAGCACUCUGCUCAACAUGCUGUUCAACAGCAGCAACAGCUUCAGCAACAGCAGCCACAGCAGCAGCAGCAACAACCCCAACAGCAGCAGCAGCCGCAGCAGCCUCAGCAUUCGUCCCCACCUCCGGUGGCUUCGCCUCCUGGGGGACCUGGGACACCUCAACAGGGGCCCUCACCGCCGUCUCAGCUGCAGCAGCAUCAUCCGCCAUACGGCAGCCAAGGCUCGCUGAAUCCUCCGAACCGGUCCAGCCCCACUCCAAAUCAGAGUUCUACCUCAGCCGCGAGCGCGACUACUCAGAGCUACGGGCAGCAUGCUCCACAUGGGCAACAAGGAAAUGCAAUGCCAUCGCAGCAAGCGUCCCAGCAGCAGCAGUCUCCUUCGCCAGCCAUGUACGGGCCGCCGCCGUCCCAGCCGGGUAGUGCUGGGCCACAGCACUCUCCAUACUCCCCGCACGUGCCACCGUCUCCGCAGCAAGCCCCGCAAGCAUCGCAGACCCCACCGCAGCGGCCGCCAUCGCAGCCGUCCCCGGCCACGACACCUCACCCCAGCACCCCACAUCCAUACUCGAGCCCGGCUCCCCUGGCCGCCGGAGGUUCCCACAAAAUGGCCGCCCAGCCUGUGUCUGGGAGCUACCAGCAGCAGCAGCCCGCGUCGAUGGCCUACCAGACGGCCGGUUCCCCCGGCUUCGCAUCCCAGGCGGCGCCGUCUGCCAACCCCGUUGCAAGCCCGUCUGCUUACCCCGCCACCACGACACCGUCGGUGCCGCCCUCGAACCAAGGCUAUUCGCAGUGCAGCACAGCCCAAGGUUAUCCGCAGGGCUAUGGCAUGCCCUAUGGCUACCCUCCGGGCGCGGCGGGAGGUUACCCAGGCGCGCAGGGUGCCUACAUGAGUCCGUAUCCUCAGAGCACGGCUGGUGCCAGCGGACCUGUGCGCUAUCCCGGCGGCUACCCCGCCUAUGGGCACUACCGGGCCCCGCAGGCGCCCAUGAGUGGGCAGCAGGCAGCGGCUUACGGGGCCUACGAGCAGCAAGGCUACCCUCCCGGCGCGUACAGCCAAGGGCAGUGAGUAGAGGUUUCUCGCAGUUCAGGGAAGGCUGUCUUUGUUGGGAACUGCGGUCUCCAAAACAUCUAGAUUCUCGAUCUGGGCUCUGUUAGUGUAGGUGCUGGUACGCGUUGUGUGAUUGGAUGCUGAAUCUCAUGAUUUGGCCAGGAUAGCUGUGACGACUUUCCGGUUCGCUGCGUUUCAUCGCAUGCUCGCUAGUGUUUCGAUUGUUCGUACAUCAACUCUCGGGGAUUUCACUCUCGCUUCUUGCCUCUUAGUGGAAAGGAUUGAAAGGAGCUUGGGCGAUGAGGUUUUUGCAAGUUUUUUUUGCUUACGGCGAGCUGUGGACAUUGAGAUUUGGUGGCAGCUGCGAUUCGCCUGACGCGGCAGCUGUGGUGUGACCAAGUAUUGAGUUGUCGGCUGUGUUGUGCACAAGGUGUUGCUUAGGUCGUUAAUGUAACAUCCUUCUGUGGCUCGUACAAUAUAGUGCUUGUUUAUCUUUCCUAUAGCAUAUGUUUUGUUGCUUUAUGCUUUCGUCCAGUCUUGAGUUGUUCCUUAGCACUCGUGCUCUAGUGCUUCCCUUGGCAGCUUGAUUCUGUCAACCUUGCUUUGAGGCCCUUUUUCGGUUAGCCUUGCCUUUAGACUUGAUGUCUUACAUUCCAGACAGAUCAGGCUUGCAGGGCUUUCUCCCUUUGGGCUUUGACCUUUAUACACAGUCUGAGAUCUUGAGUUCCAUUCAAGCUAGAGGGCAAGUAGUUACUUUUUGCAGCGACGCAGUACUUGCCAGUUACCAUUUGAAACUGGUUAAUUCUAUAAUGCUUAGUUUGGUGGCAGUAAGGAGGCAUUAAGGCUCUGUUGGUAGCAGUUGGUUAUACAUAGUUGCAAAUGACAGUAUUUUUGGUUCUAACAUAGUUUUACUCAUGACAUUUCUGAGUUGGCUAAAGAUGAGCAACUUUGGCACCAGCCAAAUGGAAACUUGUGUGCAUAGGCUCUCAGGAUCUUGUCAGGAGUAGAGAUCUAUAGCAACCAUCACUAAAUCUGUUGAAGCACAGUAUUGUAUGGCACAAAACACCCAAAUUUAGUGUGGCAUUGCAUUUCGUGCUGAGAGCUCAAGAUUUAACAUUAACUUUGUAGAUUACAGCAUCAUUCAAGCAAAAAAAAAAUAUAUAUAUUUUGAUUUCUUGUUCUAAAAUAAAUUUUUUUGCACAUGCCUAGUGUUUGACAACUGCUCAAUAUAUACUGUGUUGAAAGCAUUUUUAGGCUGUAAAUUCACACUCUAAAAUUACGGCUGGGUGUAGAGAACUGAAAUUUUUGUUGAAAGCAUCUUUUGAUUGUCAGCUUUUUGUGGUGAGGUUUCUAACACUUUCCUGUCUCAAAGGGCUGGUUGUCUGUUAAGAGCACAUGGGGUUCGUUCAACAGUGAGAGUUACGCUUCGAAAUCUCACCUGGUGAACGUGACCACUCAAAUACAUACACGUUUGAGGAAACGAUGAGAAGCUAAUUUUUUUUUGGAUUUUUUGAUGACAUGCCAUGAUGAAAGGUUUCAAUCGACCCAUAUUGGCAGUCGGUGGUUGCUCUUUUUAAUGUUUCAAACCUUGGUAAAGUUAAUUUACCAAUAUUUGUUGAGUAUAGUUAUUUACUUUGGCAGGUGCUUGUUAUUAUUUAGAUGUUUUAGUGAAGCCUUGUCAGACUAUGUUUGUUUAUGCCCAAUGCUGUGACACAUAAUAAUGCACAUCCCUGGAGCUGGUGUCCUAGGUGAGAUGUGUCCUUGUGUGUAAUGAAUGUCUAGUUAUGUUUGGAAAAAAAUAGCCAAUUACCAUAUUUGGCUGGUGAAUGUUGUAAUAAUGUUGGCAUUCUAGGAUGCUCCAUCAUCGCUUUUUCCUUUUCAUGGCAAACAAUUUUCUAUAGUGCAAGUGCUUUGUUGUGGAAUUUUCGUCCAUUUGUCUCGUACUGCACAAAGCUGUGGCAAACCCAUUUUUUGUGCUCUGCUCACUCUUUUCUUAUUCUUACAUGCCAUUCCUUGCAUGUCGGAGUCAAGGCACAUAUUUAUAGUGAUGAGAUUGUUCCCUGUCGUCUACAGCGUUCUCAGCAUGCAGUAAUACUCACAUUUUGUAAACGGGGCGGAUGGAGAACUUCCAGCAUUGAAUGUUUGGGUUGGGUGGAGAAUGUCUACUUCUUAUCGCACACAUGUAGACCUGCAUGCAUAAAUGCUGUGGCAGCCUGCUAUUACUUUACAGAUUUGUGUGAUGUGCCAGUGUGCAUUCUAGCUUUUGCAGACUGGUAGCAGGAUUUCUAUCUUUAUACCCGUAUUUUUAUUUUAUACUCCAGCACAUAACCCAGUUAUUUUGUUUAUUUGCACAAUACCCAUAAUUUCGUGAAUCCACUGACUACUAACGGGGACGGAGCAGUGUAGUGGGGCUUAUUAACAAAAAAGGUAGCAGAAAUGUUUUGGACAAGAUGCGGAUUCUUCAGCUUGUCUUCAAAAUUGCAGGUCUUUUUUAAUGGAACUCGUAACAAUAUCUGCUACAUUACAUUCUUCAUUUCAUUGGAAUGUGAGCAUUUUCAUUGGGCAGGUACAAACGGGUGUGUAGUCAGUCUUGUUAAUUUUUUUUCAGGAUGGUGUGAUGUAGCUGGAAAUGAAGGAGUACACUGGCUAUUCAGAAUGUAGUGAUCUCUUGCUCACUCGUGUUUUUAGAUUGACCUCUUUUUUUCGUUUGGUUUAGCCUUGUUGCGAAUUUAUUGCGCAUAAUACCUCCUCUGUCAAGUGCUUUGUUUACAAGGACCUUCUUACUUAAAUGCAUCAUCUUUGCAUAAUGGACGUGUAAACCACAUAGUUCAGAGCCUGCUCAUUGCCAAUUUGUAAGAUUGCAUCUAGAAUGUGACUGUGAAUAAAAGCUGCUAAUUGGGGGAAAGAAACGUCCCAAUGCCAAAGGAACUUUUUUAAAACUUUAUUUGCAGUUGUGUGGAACACCUCCAAACUAACAGCCUUGUCAGCAUCAUGUUUUUUUGUUCUGACAAUUUGGUGCUUAUACAAGAGUUCUGGUAAUGUGGUAUGAGAUGUUUGUAAAUAUGGACGGCAUUCAGAAACUUUGUUGGUGCCUAGAUAGACAAUUCGACAUUGUAAACGUGUCAUAUUCAAAUUCUGUGCGACAUGGUGGGUUAGGUAUACAGUUUUGUAUUACCUGUCUGGUCUAAAUGCUCUGGUUCUUUUUAGAUUAUUAUUCAAACAAAGCAAUAAGAAUCCUGUAGGUAUUUUUCAUUUUAGGAUGUCACCCAUACUUAUUCUUGCAACCUAGCCUUUUUCAGAAAGCCUCUUGGAUGGCAUUCAUUGUGUAAGCCUAGAACCUCUUGCCCAUUCAUUCCAAUGUUGUGCUCAAUCUGACUGUAUGAAUGUUUUGAGGUCCCGUUUAGUAAUAAAUCAUCUGUGCAUUUCAUAAUGUGA